AUGAAGAAAGUUAAAGAGUACUGUACGGUGGAAGAUGAUGCCUUGCGGGUUAAAGCUGGAAAUUUGCCCAACAAGACGGCUUCUGCUGAAAUUGCUCAACCACCCUUAUGCUGGGUUGAGCACAUGUCACUGGAUAAUGAAACUGGAUUGGACCCUUCUGGUGUAAGAAUUAGGCCUGUAUCUGGACUUGUGGCAGCUGAUUACUUUGCACCUGGUUAUUUUGUAUGGGCAGUUCUAAUCGCAAAUUUGGCACGCAUAGGAUAUGAGGAGAAAAACAUGUAUAUGGCUGCAUAUGAUUGGAGGAUCUCAUUUCAGAAUACUGAGGUACGCGAUCAAACACUUAGCAGGAUAAAAAGUAGUAUAGAACUCAUGGUAGCUACGAGUGAAGGGAAAAAAGUGGUCAUAAUACCACAUUCAAUGGGUGCUCUUUACUUUUUGCAUUUUAUGAAAUGGGUUGAGGCACCGCCUCCAAUGGGCGGUGGAGGUGGAUCAGAUUGGUGCUCUAAGCAUAUAAAGGCAGUAAUGAAUAUCGGUGGACCAUUUUUAGGGGUUCCAAAAGUAGUCUCUGGAUUAUUCUCUGCUGAAGCCAAGGAUAUAGCCGUUGCCGGUGGAAUAUAA